GCCGCGGGAGGCGAGCUAAGAGCCUCACCGGUGCACCACGCUCCAGCAGCCGCCCGGAAGGGAAGGAAACCUGGCUGUCCCUUUGCGCUGUAGGACCAUCCUUAAAAGAUUUUCAUGGUUGGGCAUACCUGCAUGGAGAAAAAAAUGGGUGAAGCUGUUGCCAGAGUAGCUAAGAAGGUGAAUGAAACAGUUGAAAAUCAAGCAGAUUCUCUUGAUUUGGCAGAUUGCAAAUUGAUGACAUUCCCCAUCGCCCUUUAUAAAGUCAUGAGGCAUGUGGCUGAAGGCAUACAUCUCAUCACGCUGGCCAAUAAUGAGCUGAAGUCUGUAACCAGCAAAUUCAUUAUCACUUUUAGUCAGCUGAGAGAACUUAAUCUGGAAGGGAAUUAUAUUCAUCACCUGCCAGAAGAAGUCCGAACCCUGUUACAUCUGAGAAUUAUCAACCUGUCCAGGAACAAAUUUCACACUUUUCCUGACCAGUUGACUUCUUUGCAGGCUCUUGAAAUGAUCAACCUUGAAGAGAACGAGAUUACAGAUGUUCCUGUUGAGAAACUUGCUUCCAUGGAGUCUUUGCAGUGUGUGAACUUAAAAUCCAACCCAUUAAAUGAGGAGGUUCGGGUGAUUGCCAAGCCACUGAUCAAGUUUGACCUUCUGACCUCUCCAACUGUUCCCCAUGUCUGAAGCCAUGUCUGACCUGGAUUUGCAGUGAAAGAGGGAAAGGAAAUGCCACGUUUGCUGAGCUAAGCCACUCCUAAGCUGCAUCGCUCUGCAUGUGUUAGGUUUAUGAGCUUCCAGAGUUGCAAAAAGUGUGAUUUUUUUUUUCUUUUGCAAACUGAUGGAGGUUGCAGCCAGAACUAUUAUCUGCUAAACUGCGGAUCCAUCGAAAAUGUGUGACUAGAGAGGGGCCUUUUCAUUGAAUGAUGAAAAAGAGAGAAGGGAGGACACUGCCUGCCUAGGCCAUAACCACAGAGAAAGAGGAACGGCAAAAGUGACCAACUGUGUGCCUAGGAGAUGAUUAGAUGGUGUGGAUGGGCACCUUGUAUGGCUGAGAAAAGAGGAAAACAAUUUGUGGUUGGAAAAUUGCUUGCAAGUUCAUGAAAAAAGAACAGUCUUCAACUUGGGUGAAUUUAGAUUCCAUUCUUUCAUGUUUUAUCUUCUCCACUUGUACCCAAGGAAAACCAAGGAGCACUUGUUUCUUUACUUACAGUGCUAGCAAAGGACAAUCAAAUCAAAUAUAUAAAGGAUAAAUAUACAUCCAGAGUCAGAGAUACUCUAAAAGAUUGAUGUGGUUUCAGGGGUAUAAAAUAUAACCUGUCAGGGGCAAAAGAUCAAUACCAUACAUUAAGUUGCAACACAGAAAAUGUAUUCAAGCCUACACACAAGAAUCUAGUCAACUAAAGUUCAGUACUUAAUUGGUGAUAAGUGCCAACAGAAUUUAAGAGGGGUUAGACUUUGACCAUUUCUGGGAACAUAACAACUCUAAGGUAUUGACUCAACCCACCAGUUCCAGCUGAUCUUUGCC